AUGGCCAACAUGUCUGGCCCAUUGACCAUUGUAGAGAUGCAGGCCAUCAGACAGGAUUUUACAGGCGAGAGGAUCAUUAGGCUAUUCUUGGCGGUGAUCACACACUCCUUCUUCAUUUAUGUGAACAUUGUGAUGCUUUUUACCUUGCGCACCAAGGCCAUCUUUUGUGAGACGCCACGCUACAUCCUGUUUGCCCACAUGCUCCUGAAUGACACUAUUCACCUGAUAGUUGCCCUUGUGCUCUUCAUACUCAAUUCCUUAUACUCUAUGGUGGUGCGUGCUGCUUGUGCCUUCAUUGUGUUGGUGUCUUCCACAACAUUUGUCAACGCACCACUAAUUCUGGCUGUCAUGUCCCUGGAGAGGUACACAGCCAUCUGCUUCCCAUUGCGACACAGCGAAUUGGCUACGCCAGCACGUGCGAGUGUGGCUGUGGCUCUGGUGUGGGUUUUGGGCAUCACUGAUGUGCUAAUUGAUGUGUGUGCUCUCUUCCUCCUUGCAGAGCCAUCAUUCUACUUGUCUCCUACAGUGUGUACCAUCAAACAGCUGAUUGUGGCACCCUGGCAGCAGGGCAGGAGUUUGAUAUUCAAAGUCCUGCUCUUCAUUAUGGUAACCAUUGUGUUGCUCUACACAUAUGUGUCCAUCCUACGGCAGGCUCGUUUCGCCUCCUCUGACACCUCUGCCCACAAGGCCUUGCGAACUGUGAUACUGCAUGCGUUGCAGCUUGGACUCUCACUCAUGUCUUUCCUUUAUGAGUAUAUAGAAUACCUGCUGGGAAGCCUGCCAUUAAGUGUGUAUUCACAGUUGCGCUUCCUCAUCUUCUUUAUAGUGCUGAUUCUGCCACGCUGCCUCAGCUCUCUCAUCUAUGGCCUAAGGGAUGAGACCUUCAGGCCACUGUUUAAACAAAAAUUCCUUUGCUGUAUCACAAAAGUUGGGCCUUUAGAGGCUCUUACAAAACACUAA